AUCCCGACGCGGGCAACGCGCAUCCCGCAGCUUCGCCGGAUUCGUCCGCGCCUGGCGAGCGGCCGCCGCGGCAUCCAGAACUCUGGAGAAUGAGAGCCGUUGGUGUUGUAGAGAAUGCUCUUCACCUCCGCAAUUAGGGCCGGGGAGGGGGGGGCGAGAUCUCGGCAACCGUUACUUUCCCCACCAUGUGUGACGCAAACCCCGUUGCCAUUGGUGGAGCGUAAGGGGCUGUGGGCCGCGAUUGGCGAGGGCAGAAGGGGUGGGCGGGUUUGGGGCGGAGAACGUUGUGGCAAGCUCUGGAAGAUUCCUCCGCCCGCCGUAUAAAUAGGGAGGGGGAAGCGGCUGCCGCUGAGCCAUAGCCUGGGCGGCCGAGCGAGGAGAGAGCUAGUUGAGCCGGUGAUUGUGAGAGCGAGGGCAUUCGGCGACUGGCGAUGGGGAAGGACUAUUACCGGAUCUUGGGCCUGACCCGCGGGGCGACUGAGGACGACAUUAAGAAGGCGUAUCGCAAGCAGGCGCUGCGCUACCACCCGGACAAGAACAAGGACCCGGGCGCCGAGGAGCGCUUCAAAGAGAUCGCCGAGGCGUACGACGUGCUGAGCGACCCCAAGAAGCGCGAGAUCUUCGACAAGUUCGGCGAGGAGGGUGCGUGCUUGGGGGCCCGUGGAGGGAGAGGAUGCUUGGGAGGAAAGGGUAGAAGCGGGGCUCUCGGGACCGGCGCGAAAUCGGUCCCCCUGCACGUUCACACGGCUCCGAAGUCCCGCAGUGGGCUCGCAGCCGUUUGCUCUAGACCGGGUUCCCGAGUGUCUUGCGUAUUGUAUAUACCGCCUCUUAGCUGUUUAUUAUUCUUUUAUAUGCGGGAAGAGAAUGGGCGAGGGGAUCUGCUUGUAGUGUAAAGGACGGGAUGGAAAAUAAGCCCCGCUUUUUGAGGCGUCAUGGAGUCAGGAUUAACGCCAAACUGACAGUUUUUCAUGUGUUGGAGCAAAUGGAAAGUUGAAGUUGAAACUGUGUGGUGUAUAUACUUUAUACGGUAUACAAAAAGCACAGGGCAGUCGAGCCAUUGUCCUUGAAUGGGACGAGAUCAUUAGAAUAUUAUUUUUUUGCACUUACGUAAGCUAAGCGUUUUUUCCUCCCGCAGAAGUUGUUUUGAUACCAGAGAGUACAGUCGUACAGUCAAAUAGUGUCAUCCCCCCCCGUCGUAACUUUCCUCCUGUCUCCCUCCUGCCCCACCCUUGAGCGAUAACAUCUUCUAAAAAUCUCUGCUUUUAUAACUGAUCAACUCUGCCAUUUAGCGCUGUUAGGAAGCAUUUCCCUGUAGAGUGGCUUUUGGAAUGACUGUUCAGCAACUAAUCUACCAGGACUGGUUUUCCAAGAUAGGUGAAGGGAGGGAAAAGUAGGUGAGAAGAAAGAACAAGUUAUUUUACUCUGUCGUCCUGGAAACUAGCCAGAUGAGUUGCCAUCUUUGAAUUGUUCAUAUAGUAUUAAGGUCACUCCUUAAAAAUCCACCAUUACCUUUCAGGUUCUUCCUGUUUGAGAAACUUACUUUGAAAUAAAAUGGAAAGCAUUUAGGCAGGGAAGAAAGAGAAAAAACAACUUGAUGUAGGAUUUAUUUCUAUUGCUUUUCUGAGGAUCUGUCAGUUUUUCAAUAAUAAACUUGUUCCAAGUACAUGCUUUUCAGCAACUUAGUAUGCUUUUUUUGAACUGUUGAUUUUUUUUAAAGAAGGAACUAAGCACAAUACUGUUACUUUUGUGAUAUAUUAAGGCAUGUAGCACAUAGGAUUGAAGUAUUUAAAUUUAGUUACAAAUAUAUUAGGUUUGUGUAAUUUUUAUGGCAUUCUAUUGCCUGCAUUCAUAGUAAAAUGCUUAGCAGUUUCCUGUAACAUUGUUGGUAACAUGUAUUGACAGGAUAAAUUGGGCUGCAUGACAGGCUUUCUAAGAUAGGUGGAGCCUUUGCUACAAAAAGUCUUCUAGUACUUGCUAGAAGAUUCUAGCAUACUCGUCAUGCUAACCUGUUCUUUACAAUGUUAGUUUUGAUUUGUAGGUCUGUUCCCAAUAAUAUUUAUUGUCAUGUUAACGACCUAUUUGUUUAUACAGGCUAAGGUGAAAUGCAUUCUAAGUGGUGCUCUGUUUGUGUAGCAGCAUGGAUUCAGUUAUUGAUAAUCUCUACAAAGUGUGAAGGUUAGCCAAUGUAGGGCCUUCCAGAUAUUGUUGGAUAGCAGUACACAUCAGCCCCAACAUGACCAACGUUGAGAGGGGAUGGGAGUUAUAACAAGGUGGAGGACACGGCAUUAGCUACUCCUGAAUGGUAGGGUUCUCAGCACACUACAAUUGAGAAAAUGGAGAGAAAGAAGGCUGCAACAGUUCUGAUAAAAUCUUUACUUGGCAUUUCUUUGCUAGCACGUGCUUGGCCUUUUGAUACAGGACUUCCUUAGAAGUAUUUGAUUAAAUUCCAGUGGUGUUCUCAGAGUUUAGUAAAUUUUCGUAUCACAGUAAAAGAGGCACUGAGGAAGAAGUUUUGAAGAUUAGGAGUCCUAAUAUAAAUCAUGACAGAGCAUAGUUCAGUAAUUGCUGAAAGAGAUUAAUUUGUGUGUCCUUGUAUGUAUUUCAGGACUAAAGGGAGGUGGUCCCAGCAGCAGUGGAGGAGGAGGUCCCAAUGGCACUUCAUUCACUUACACCUUUCAUGGAGAUCCUCAUGCCAUGUUUGCAGAAUUCUUUGGUGGGAGGAAUCCUUUUGAUACCUUUUUUGUCCAGAGGAAUGGCGAUGAAGACAUGGAUGUUGAUGACCCCUUCACAAGCUUUCAGAACUUUGGUAACAUUGGCUUUUCCCGUUCUCGUGGGGGCGCUGAACACAUACGCAAGAAACAAGACCCACCCAUCACUCAUGAGUUGAGAGUAUCCUUGGAGGAGAUUUACUCUGGAUGCACCAAGAAAAUGAAAAUUUCUCAUAAACGUCUCAGUCCAGAUGGGAAAAGCACACGCAAUGAAGAUAAGAUUCUAACGAUUGAAGUCAAACGUGGCUGGAAAGAAGGAACAAAGAUUACAUUCCCCAAAGAAGGCGACCAGACACCAAACAACAUUCCAGCUGAUAUUGUAUUUGUUUUAAAAGACAAGCCACAUAACAUUUUUAGAAGAGAUGGGUCUGAUAUUGUAUAUCCAGCCAAAAUCAGCCUCCGUGAGGUAAGUGGAAAUUCCUGACUUGUUGCUGAUUAAUGAAGUGGGGAACAAAGGGUUGGAUUCACCGAACAUGCCCUGUCAGCAGAAGUCCUAGGCAGGGAUUUCUAUUUGUACAGUGGGGCUUGCCUCUGAAAUUGGCUCGGGGGGGGCAUUCAGAGAACCCCAGAGUUUUGUGGGGAGGAAGUGGGGGGGGGGUCAUUCCAUCAGGCAAGCUGUAAUUCUUGCACAGAUGGUUUGUUCAUGAUAGCACAACAUUGAACUCCCUCUGAAGUUUCUAAAUUACUAGAUUUUGAAAUGGGUAAAAACUGAGAAUGUUCCAAUCUAUUUCCUACACAUCACUACACAUGAUUAUAGUAAGUGUUGCUAUAUUGUGGGCAAACUAUUAAGAGUGUACUUCAUCAAAGCCUCAUGGGGAGUGCACUGAGGAAGCAGAUCAUGAUACAGUAGCAGCAGCAUGAUUUCAGGCACAGUGAAAUGUUAUGGGAUGCUGACUGUAUAUGUAGCUUCGAUGUUCAGCUCAAGAGUUGUCAGCAUUUCCUCCUGUCUUCAUGAACUCAUCAGUUGUCAUAGGCCCACUAAAAAUACUUGGGUUCAAUGGGAAUUACAAGAGGGAACUAUUUACUGAAAAAGGUAUUAACUUCUCUGGCUUGUGUUUGUGUUUAGGCUCUAUGUGGCUGCACUGUGAACACACCAACACUAGAUGGUAGGAACAUACCAAUGGUAUUCAAGGACAUCAUUAAACCUGGAAUGAAGCGAAGAAUUCCUGGAGAAGGUCUUCCAUUCCCCAAGAAUCCAAGCCAACGAGGGGAUCUUAUUAUUGAGUUUGAUAUAAGAUUCCCAGACAGAAUUCCACAGUCUUCAAAAAGUGUCCUAGAACAAAUCUUGCCAAUAUAGUAAGACAGGCAGAACGGGACUGCUGUGCCUCCAAAGCAGAGGAAUUGGAACUGGAAUCAGGAUUUCAGAGUCGCUUUUGGCAGUGGGUAGGGAAGUUAACUUCAUGUUGCUAAAAGAUUUCUGGGAAAUCCAUUCUUGCAAGAUGAACAUUGCACUUCUCAGUGACUUUUGGCCCAAGUUGUCAUUGCUCAAAACAUUUACAGCAAUGCUCAGUUACCCAAGAGAAGGAAUUGGCAGAACAUCUUUUAAUUGAACGUGGAAGACGACAACCAAUCAUAAUUCAUGCCUUCACUUAGUUGGCUAACCCUACUUGGGCAUGUCACAUAGGUCCUCCCAUAGGAAGGAGGAGAUUACAAUCUAAACUGGACUUCAGAAGUAAACACCUCCAAUCUCUUGUUUUUGCUGUACUGUGUCUUAUUGCAUUCUGCACUAUCUCAUUCCCGGGGGGGGUACCUUUAAUGUUCAGUUUUUGUUGCUCUUAAGGGUGCCCUUACUAAGCCAUUCUAAAAUGGUGCCAUGUGUUGAAGCUCCUGGAAGGGAAGGCAUCCUGAAACUUGGCCAUAAAUUGCCCUUUUCCAGAAGGUAAAUUGGUGGAGUAUGGCCUCCCCUGUUAAGCAAGCAGGAUGCUGCCUUAUAACUUCUGGAAAGCAUGUAAGAAGUUUACAGGGUUUUUCAGUGAAAUCUUUGACUUCUUGCCAUACACUGUUAAUAUGUCAGACUUGAUCCUGGUUGAUUGAUUGGACUGGCAGAAAAGAUGUAAAAUGUUCAGUUGAAGACAUUCUUUAAUAAAUAAGUAUUUCAAUAGGUGAUAACUAUUGAAACUGAAAAGAGUAAAGCAUUAGUCAUUUUUCUUAAAGGUAUUGUUUCUAGUAAAGGAACAUGUAUAGCUUCCUGUAAACAUUUUUUAAAAAAUAUAACUAGUGU